AUGACGGAUCAAGCAGGUGCUGGUGGUGGUGCUGGUAGUCCUGAUGGUGGUGCUGGUCGUCAAGAAGAACAACAACAGCGACAACGAACAGCAGACGACGACGACGACGUGCGAAUCCGACGAGUGGCUGAUAUCGUCACGUCGUCGCCGUUUCCGCAGGUGGUGAUUGGGUCUGGCACCCUCACCGGCGCAACCCUCGGCGUCCUCACCUCCGCCCACCCAGCCCUCUUCGCCGCCCUCACCGGCCUCCAAUGGUCCCUCCUCUCAAGCACAUUCCUCUUCACCCGCACCGCGUACCUGCAUCGUGGUGUUAUCUUCUCCUCUCCCUUCUCCUCUCCCUCAUCCCCAUCUCCAUCCCCAUCUACAUCUACACACCCAUCCACAUACCCAUCCGCAUCCCCAACGCAGCAUUCAACAGCCCAGCAGAUGCAUCCCCCACCAAAAACCAGCACCGCCGAAGCAGCAAAAGCAAGCUCCCUCGCCGGCGCAGCAGCAGGGGGUCUGACUGCCGCUUCAACGCGUGGCCCGCGCAAUGUGCUGCCUGGCAUGCUUGUCUUUGGCGCGUUGGGGUUGGUUGGGCAGAGCGUCGUUGAUUUUCGGAGGAGCGGGCGGGGUACUACUUCUUCUUCUACUGCGCCUACUACGAACAACACUACAAGCAACACCACCACCACCACCACCACCACAAACAACACCACAAACAACACUACUAGCAGUAAUAGAACGACUACAACGACUACCCCGCCCAGCACGACGAACGGCACGACAGCCACGCCAGGCACGACAGCCACGAAAGGAACAGACUCGACAACGAACAAAGAACGGAAUAUCCUCCAACAAAUCGCCGACUCGCGCUGGACGCCCGGCCUGCGCACGCUGUCGGAUGGGGAGUAUGUGGCGAUGAUGGAGGAGAAGAUGCUGCGGCUGGAUGCAGAGAUUGCGAUUGUUGAUGAGCGGAUUGCGAGGGUGAAGGUCAAGGGGGGCGGGGAGAGGGGGGUGGAGAGAGGAGUGGAGAAGAAGGGUGGGGAGGACAAAAAGUAA